AGAGCGCCGGCGCUGCCCUGCUCCGACCCCGCAACCACGCAUGCGCGCAGUUUCGCUUCGCCCAACGUGUGGGGAGGGGUGCAAGGGGUUGGGGCUCGAGCCGGGUGCGGCCAUCAUGGCGCACGUGCUUAACGUCAACAAUGAGGUGGUGAAGCUGAGAAAAGAAGUGAAGAGGGCCAGAGUCCUAACCAUUCGCCGGCUAACAAGACACAUUGGAAAGCUGAAGUUAAAAAAGGGUUCAGAAGAUGUGGUAUUAAAGAACCAAAGGCGAGCACAGAGGUUAAUCGAAGAAAUCCAUGCUAUGAAGGAAAUUAAACCAGAUCAAGUAACCAAAUUUGCUCUUGAAAAAGAAAUUAAUUUUGAGAGUAUCUGCAAAAUGCCCAACUGUACUACAGUUGACCGAGCAAUUGCUAGGCUAGCAGCACACCCACUCUUAAAGACAAAAAUUGCUGAUAUUAAAGCUGCUGUAAAAGCCUUUAAAGCUGCAAGACAGAUGGCAGCCAAAGCUCAUUCUUCAGAGGAGUGUAAAUCAAAACAACCUGAAUUGGUGAAACAUUCUAAUAGCAAUAGAGAAGACCAACAUUUUGAAUUAAUUCAAAAACAGAAGGAGGAUGGAAGCAAAAUGAAGGUGAAUGUGAGAACAGACACAAACACACAGGGUAAAGAAAUUGGUGAGAAAAAGUCCAGUCAGGAGACUUUGGAAGCUGAGAGAACAUGCGCUCUAGACGAUCUUCCAUUCCCGGCUUUGGAAAUGCAGGCAAUUGUUCAGGCUGAAACAGAAAAAAGAAUUGACAGGCCCCAAAAAAAGAAACUUACAGGUGUGAACAAGGUUAUUACUACUAAGGAGUCAGAUAGCAAUGUUAGUGAUAUUGAAGAAAAUGACAAACAUAAGGAAUACUUUGAUGACAGCACUGAAGAGAGGUUUUAUAACCAGUCAUCAGAUUCUGAAGAUAACGAUAGCAGUGAUGAUUUCUUUAUCGGCAAAGUAAAGCAGAAAAAGAGGAGGAGAGUGGCAGACUCUAACCAUUCUUCAGCAAAGAAAAUACCCCCAAAAAUGUUACUAAAAGCAGUAAAGGACUCAGAAUUUGUGACAAGAAAGGAUGUGAACACAGAAGGAAACAACCCAAGUGCUAAAGCAAAGAAGCUAGAAUCUGUAUUUUGCACUUCUUUGUCCAGCUCUCAACAGAAAUCCAAAAAUAUGAGGAGAAAUGUAAAGGAACAGCUUCCCAAAAACAGAAGAACAGCUUUUCCAAAAAAGGAACCAGAGUUCAGGAAACACCAGCCUGCUAAAGCUGCAGGUAUAAAGCAUGAAAAUAAGAAAAAUCAUUUGCAGCAACCUCUUCAUCCUUCAUGGGAGGCAAGCAAGAAACGUCAGCAACAGGUGUCUCAAAUUACAGCAUUCCAGGGGAAAAAGAUUAAAUUUGAUGAUGACUGAACUUUUUACACGUGAAUUCAGAUUUUUAAAGAUCAUUCUGAAGAUUCAGAUUUUAAAGAAGUUCACAACUGACAGUAUUUACACAUGAAGUAGCUGUGUAUUUGGACUGGAGAGUACUUCUUAUUUUUGGUUAAAAUUAAUACAUACAAUGUUGUUUAAAAGCUGAACAUGCUACAGUGCUUGAGAACUACAAAAGUCUUUCUUUUUUCAAAAAAAUAUUUACAAUUUUUUUCCUAUAUUAUUUUCAUUAUACUGUCCUGAUCUUGUGAAAUGUGAUGUAAAUUUUAAAAACCUUUUUGGCAUGAAAUACCUAUCCCAGA